AUGGGAUUCGACGAACUGUUGUCGACUGGAUAUACGCCUGGUGCUAGUAUUGUUGAUGGAAAAGCCACUUACAAAGGUUACGAUGAAUUAAAGCAGGCAUUCGAAAAGCUAAGAUGUUCAGAUUUGCAACUGAUUGCAAUGGAUACAAUAGCUUCUGGUGAUAGUAUCAAGCAAAUAUCGACAUGUCAGCGAGGAGGUGCAUCUGCAACAUGCACUGUGACAUGGAAUAAGGUCGGUGCUGAUUGUAAAAUGACUCGUGAACAUUGGACAUAA